GUCACUGGUUUGGAAACAGUGUUGGGUCCUUCGGAAUUCUGACCGACUACUGUUGCGCCAAUCUUACCCGGCUUACUACUCAGUGCCCCGAGGGCUACAAUCAAUGGGUUUGUUCCGGAGGGAAGGCAGGGAGUCAUCAUGGCUAUAGUUGUAUGGACGUGUGUUUCUACUCUUCCCAACAUUCUCCACUACACAUUCUGGUUGUGGUUUACCGGGCCGGAUCCCUUUUUGCAGCCGGUGAUGGCUUUCGAGUGGUUGCUAUGCUCUGUCUUCUGGUUCUCAAACGGCGUUCCCUUCCAGGCAGCUUAUGCCAUGCACCUCUUCACCAAUCAGUACCCUCAUCAGGAAUUUUGGCUACGGCACCACGGCGGUGAGGCCUCGCCAAUUCUUCAAAUGGAGCGUCGCGGGUGCCGUUGGUUCGCAAUUACAAGCUUUUUUAUCAAAGCCAUCGAGAUGGAUUCAGACUGGCCAAGGCCUGGGCCUUUGAUGCUCCCAAUUGGCACUUUGCUAAAGGUCGCUGCUGUCAUCGGAAUGGGUGUAUAUCUGGUGCGAUAUGGAAUGACGAUGCGAAUGACAAAAUUCAAGCACAACUCACUGCGACGAUCGAAUGAGUUUCGCAUUCUCCGACUCCGGGCCCAACCCUGCUUCAGCAACUCACCAGUGCAAUGCGAUAUUAUUCACUCAACAUUGGACUGCCCUCCCUCGUACCGAGCCGUUUCCCACCGCUGGGCACCUACGGGAGACGAAAUUCAGAUAAUUCUUGUUGAUGGGGCGCCGUUUCCGGUCUCUACAAGCAUUUACGAUCUUCUCGUGGAGCUCCGGCGGCAGCGGUUUUCUCAGCUUUUGUGGAUUGACUCCAUUUGCAUUGACCAGGCCAACGCUGAAGAGAAGAGUCGGCAAGUAGGGCUGAUGCGGGAAAUAUUCGAAGAGGCCACAUCAACCAUUGGGUGGCUAGGCAAAAGUCCAGGGGCGGCGAAAGCAUUUGAACUAGUACGAAGAAUUGUGACGACAGAAAAGAUGGACCAGAAAGAGCUCGCCAGUCUGAAGUCAUCCCCUUCUUCUGGGUGGGAGGAACUACUUUCUCUAUUGACUGACAGCUGGUUUGAAAGAGUCUGGAUCAUUCAAGAAAUCGCCGCCUCUACAAACACUGUACUUCAGAGCGGAAAUACGACGAUGAUACACUGGGAGUCCUUCGCAAAAGGUCUGGGCCGGAUCCUGACGCUUGGAGCAGGAGGCGACGAAGACCUGUCCAUCCUGACCAACGAACACCUUAUGAAUGCGCUCAUCAUGGAGAACAUGCGUUUCCAAGUUGACGAGAUUGAUCGUCUCGCUCUUAAAGAUGUUUUGAAGCUCGGAUCCAGGUUCAAAGCAACACUUUCGGUCGAUAGUGUGUUUGCUUUGCUGGGAGUCAGCAGAGAACGGAACGCGCCGCUGUUUCAUCCAAACUUUCGUCAUAGUGAAGUCUUUACAGAAGAGAUUUUCUCUCGAGGAGGGGUUGCCAAAGACUUAUUGGACAUAUUGGGUUCGAUCAGUGAGUUUGCCGACGGGCUAAGAGAGACAAACCCACUUCAGAGCCGAAAGACUAUCAGAUUGAUGGAGUCUAUACCCAAGGCGAAACGGUCUUUCAGGGAAAUGGUGGACGGGAUGCACAUCAUUCUAGAUCGAAAAAAAAAGUCCAAAGACAGUCCUCAUCACAUCAAACCGGACUACACCGACAAGAGCACACCCGAGAUUGUUUACACUAUGGUCGCCCGAGAGCUUACCAGAAUCGGGGACGCUUUCGCCUUUCUUCCAUACGCAGGAAUUGGCAAUUCUAGGAACCCUUCGUUUGAGAACCUGCCAUCAUGGGUUCCUGACUGGUCAGCUGACAUCAACGUGUACAUUCUGCCCCAAGAUUUCAAACCGCCGAUGAAGGAACAAAAUUCGAAGUCGGCCGAUGAAGCUGAAAGCAACGACAAGCAACAAUCUUCAGUUUCAGAUGGCGGGUUCAAUCUACUUCACAUCAAGGGGAGAGUGGUCGGCAAGGUUGUCUUUGCAAACAAGUUGCGAGACAACCUCGGAAAGUCUAGAGGGAAUAGUCUGGAGGUUGCAAAAACAGAUCUGGAACUUAUGGUUUCCAAUCUUAAUUUGGCACUGAACGCAGCUAAGAGAAUUUCUCUGUCAUACAAUCAGUCGGAUGACGACUUGCCCGAUAUCUUCCUGCAUACUCUUCUAGCAAAAUCAACAGACGAGGUUCAGGAGGACGCGUCCAAGAAGAGCGUUGAGUUGUUAGCAGAUGCGAUUCAAAAUGACCGGAAGCUUCUCGAACAACUCAAAAGAAGCGAGUUGGAAGACGGCAUGAGCCCGGAUACAUCUGUACCCGGCAGGCCUUCAUCGAUGGCAUUGGAGGCCAUGACAAUAGAGUAUCUUAUGAAACGAAAGGUCUAGUCCUCUUCCAACAGCAAGUUUGCACAUCUCAUGACAACGGAUGUCCUACCUAGUUUCGAACACUACCGGUGGCAAGAGGAAAA